AUGGCGGCUUCUGAAAGGGAGAGGAAUGUCCCAUCUGACUUCUGGGCUCAGACUGCAAUCACAUACGGGAACGUCCUCCCCAUCGCGGCGUUAUUCUCCGGUACUUUGUGGCUGGGCAAUGCCGCGUACCUCUACCUCUCAGUCGCUUUCAUUCAGAUGCUCAAGGCUCAAAUGCCGGUCACUGUGUUUUUGGUGGGUGUACUGCUCGGUACGGAAAAGUAUUCCCACAUGUACGCGCUCAACAUGGUUGUGGUGGGAAUCGGAAUCGCAACUGCGUCGUACGGCGAAAUCAAUUUCAACUUCGUUGGCGUUAUUUUUCAAAUCGGUUCCAUUGUAACGGAGUCCUUCCGUCUGUGCCUCAUUCAGCUUCUCCUUCAGGCCUCCGGUAUCAAGCUCAACCCCGUCACCACCCUCUACUACGUUGCCCCCGCCUGCUUCGUCUUCCUCUGCAUUCCCUUCGCCUUCCUGGAGCUCCCCAAAAUGUUGGCGCCAUACGACUCUGCGACUCCCGGGCUAGUCAACUUCCCGGCGUUGUGGCUGUUCAUCAGCGCCGUCAGCGCCUUUGCUCUGAACAUGUCGGUGUUUCUGUUGAUCGGCCGAAGCUCCGCCCUCACCAUGAACGUCGCCGGCGUGAUUAAGGACUGGUUGCUAAUUCUGUUAUCGGUUAUGUUGUACGAGUGA